CCCAGCGUAGAAAAAUCGGAAAAACUCUUUUUCAGUAGUUUUGUUUUCCGCAACUUGCCUUGAUAUGAUACGCUAAUUGAGAAUAUUUUAUUACACAAAAAAGAAAGAAAAAAAAUUGUGUGUGUGAAAACUAAACAGCCUGACAAAAAACCAAAAGCUGCCUUCGUUUUUUGGCCUUUUGCAGCUGAAACGCUUGUCAGCCUCUCAAACUGAAGAAAACCCAUCAGAGUUUCAAUUGUUUAUCUCGCAUUUCUCCAUCUGGGCAACCUUAAUUCUCUCAAUCAGGAACUGGGUUUGCCUUGUUUUCUCAAAUAACUGAUGACCAGCUUUGGACUCAUGGAUUGGUAUUCUGCGAAUGGAAUUGAUGAUCUUAUUGUUCCGAAGGAUGGCGGAUUGUCAGAUAGGCUUCCGUCACCUGACAGUUGGUCAAAAUGGGGAGUGGGUGUGAUGGAAAGUUACCCGUCACAUAACAAAGGCGGUAGUGCUUUUCGUCAAAAAUUCACUGCAGAAGAACCCGACUUCAGAAGUUUAUACGAUGACGUUGAAAUGGAGGAUUUUGUUGAUAAAUGUCACUCUAGCAUUUCAAGUGCAUGUGGAAGAUUGUCUGAUGAUUCUGUUCAGAGAACCACACUUUCAAGCAAUCGACCUGAUUAUCAGCUUGAUCUCGGAGGAUCCAGGCAGAUGGAUGACAUUUUCUUGUCUUCCUUGCUUGAAGAUCUUCCUGAGAUUGAAAAUCAAGUGAAGUCGUUCUGCUUUUCUCCUAAAUCUCAACGUGGUACGCAAUCUAAUAACUUCUUGACGGACAUGACUUUGGAUUCGGAAAAUACUUCAAGUGGUGCACAGUGUCUGAGUAGCUCAAGAUAUCUUCAGACACAUGUAUUUUCUCCAUCAUUGGGUUUGGAAAAUGAAGAUACCACUGCUUCAAAGUUUGUCAGUUCGCAGCAAAAAGAUUUCUCACCAAGCAAGGGAACAUCACUAGGAGUUUCAGUCCCUUCCAAGGAGAACAGGAUGAGUAUACACAUGAAUGAGGAGACAUCUCUUGAAGAAUCUGUAUUGCAGGAGCUUAAAAUGGUGACGAAUCAGUUGACGGAAAAAACUCGAAUAUGCUUUCGUGAUGCCUUGUACCGCCUUGCAAACAACUCAAAACAACACCACAUGACACAGAACCAAGAUGGAGACCUAUGCGUGGGAAUUCCUCCCCUAUGGACACCUAAUCAUGAAACGACGAGGUCAGAGACAAAGAAAGCGACGGAGUCGGAGACCAAUGUUAUUGACAGAGCUGUUGCAAACCUCAUUUUCAAUAAUUCGGAUUUCAACAAGCGAGAUCUCUCCAUGGCUGCAUCGUCAAAUUCCAAGGAAGAAGUUGGUGGAGCAACUGAAUCAUCUGACAAUCAGUUGUACCAGACACAAAUUCGCUAUUUGGAUGACCACCAAGUUGUACUAGAUGAUGCUCAAGUUCCAAACCUUGGUCAUACGAACCCGUAUCCAGCGGCAAACUCGACGAAAAGUUUCUCAAAAAAAGGCUGCAGGGAACUAGACUUUAAUGUUGGACUUUGGCUCAGUGACUGAACAAUGGAUUUGUAGCAGGCCAUUGUGUUAGCAAUAUGAUUUGGAAGCUUCGAGAAACUGCUUCCAACUGCGUUCAAACACUUUUUUUUUUUUCUUUUUUUCGGUGCGUGUGUGUAAAUAAUAGUCCUAAGUUAUUAGCGGACAAAGAGUUAGUACUUUAUGCAUAAGUCGCUCAGUUUCGAUCCUAAAUACAAAGUUUGGGUUAGUUGAACUGUUUAACUAGUGUGAUGGACAUAGUUUUCUUGGCCAGUAAAGAGUCCGAACUUUCCUGUUCA